AUGACGCCCCAGUCCUUCACCCUCACAUUCCUCGGCGACGUCAUGCUAGCCCGUCUAAUCGACCAACUCCUUCCCAACCACGUCGAAAGCCCCCAAGACGCCGCCAACGCCGCACAUCUACAAUCCACCAGCGCAACCCUCCAACCCCAAAACUACACCCCCUCCGCCCCAUGGGGCUCCACCCUCCCCCUCCUCCGCACAUCCGACCUCCUCCUCAUCAACCUCGAAACAUCAGUAACAACAACCGCCUCCCCCUGGCCAAACAAAACAUUCAACUACCGCAUGCACCCCGCAAACCUCGCGCCCGUCCUCCACGCCGCCCGCGUCGACUACACCAGCCUCGCAAACAACCAUACCCUCGAUUACGGCACAGAAGGCCUCCUCGAGACAGUAUGGUCCCUGAAAGAAGCGGGCGUAGCGUUCGCGGGCGCGGGCGAGAAUACAGAUGAAGCGUACCAUCCCGCUAUAUUGUACUUGCCACGCGCGGUGCACGAGUACCGUUCCAGACGGGUUGGUGGUGAGAAAGUGCUGCCAUCUCGGUGGAGCGAGCGGGAGAGGCGGGCUUUGGAUGACCCGGGAACAACCAAUGCGUAUCCCGUGCAUGUAUAUUCUGCCUCUGAUCAUCCGGAGGAAUGGGGCGCUACUGUUCCGAAUUUUCAUUUUAUCGAGUACUCAUCUGCGACGAGGGCGCGCUUGAAAAGCUUGUUGCUGAGUGGUGGUGGUAGUAGUGGGACGAAAACGACGGCGGCUCUCAAGAUUAUAUCGGUGCAUUGGGGCCCGAAUUAUAGCUGGUGUCCGUCUGAGCGGAUACGGUCUCUGGCGCACUUUCUUGUUGAUGAAUGUGGAGUGGAUAUUGUGCAUGGACACUCGUCCCACCAUGUGCAGGGCGUGGAGGUUUAUGGGGGAAAGCUUAUUAUCUAUGGGUGUGGGGAUUUUGUUGACGAUUAUAUGGUGCGGGAAAAGUAUAGGAAUGAUCUCGGUGCUGUUUGGAGGGUUGUUGUAAGGGAAGAUAACGGAACGGGAAGAGGGCUUGGGCUGGAUCGGUUGGAGAUAUUUCCUACUCGGGUUGAUCGGUUCCGGGCUAAUUUGUUGGAUGCUGGCGAUGAGGAUCAUGGGUGGGUGAGAGAGAAGGUUCGGGAUUUGAGUGCGGAGAUGGGCACUGCUGUGCGCGGUUGUCUGGGAGAGGAAGGUCAGAUCCUUAUUGAUAUCAGGUGA